CCAGCUUGCUACCCCAUUCGUCCAUCCAUCCUUCUCGAUCUCCCCCAAUAUUCGAAUUUUGCUCUUGUUCCUUCCUAUACCUGCUUUCUAUCUCGAUAAUUAGUUUAGCUGGUCGCGAACACCAGCGUUAUCACGAUGCCCGGCUUCGACUUCACAAACUACAACCGCAAUGCGGCGCUUCACGCUAGGGGUGUUCCCCUUCCCAAGGCCACAAGUACCGGUACAACAAUUGUUGGAUGUAUCUACGAUAAGGGUGUUGUGAUUGCAGCAGAUACCCGAGCUACCAGCGGUCCUAUAGUAGCAGACAAGAACUGUGAGAAGCUACACUACAUCGCGCCGAAGAUCUGGUGUGCUGGAGCCGGUACCGCCGCCGACACCGAAUUCACCACGGCGCUCAUCAGCUCCAACGUCGAACUUCACUCGCUAUCAACGGGCCGCGACCCCCGUGUGAUUACCUGUAUGACGAUGCUUAAGCAGCACCUCUUCCGGUACCAAGGCCACAUCGGAGCGUACCUUGUUGUUGCAGGCGUGGACCCGACCGGCACGGGACUGUACACUGUGCAUGCACACGGAUCUACAGACAAGCUGCCGUACGUGACGAUGGGAUCCGGAUCGCUGGCUGCAAUGUCUGUGUUUGAAUCGACCUGGCAACCAAACCUGGACCGCCAGGGCGCCAUCGACAUCUGUGCUGAGGCAAUCAAGGCCGGUAUCUUCAACGAUCUGGGCUCCGGUAGCAAUGUCGACGUGUGUGUGAUCGAGAAGGACCAGCCUACCCAGCUGCUCCGCAACUACAUGAAGCCCAACGAGCGCCCGCAGAAGGAGCGCAACUACCGCUUCCCCCGUGGUACCACUGCUUAUUUGGACCAGAGGGUUAUCAGCAAGGAAGAUAUGAAGAAAUAUGUCACGAUCGAAACUCUGUCCGGUGAUGAUAACCUUGCUACUGGGGACAGCAUGGAAGUUGAUACUUAAAUUUUCUUGGAGACGCACUGAUCAGUGGUCUUCUUGGAUUCAUUUAAUGCACGCAUGGGUUUCUUCGGUC